CCCUCUCUCGAUGGCGCAGCCUAGUGCUGUCGCGAAGAGCCAGGGCGCUACGGCCAUGCCCAGGGCGACGGCAGAGGCGGCGGCAGCUUCGGCGCAGGCUGUCGCGAAGAGCCAGGGCGCUACAGCCAUGCCCCGGGCGACGGCAAAGGCGGCGGCAGCUUCGGUGCAGGCCGAGGAGGCUUCUGCUGCUGGGCCCCAGGCGGAAACCCCCGAGAACGUCGAGACCAUGGCGAAGUGCUGCUUGCGCAAGCAGAUGAAGCCCAGGUCCGAGAUGAAGGCGUGCAACGGCGAUUGGAGCAACUCGCGCCGAUGCAGCGCUUGCAACUCACUGCGGGGCCGCGUGGGCCGCAUGCAAGCACGCGAUGUCGAGUUGCAGGCUGGGUGCGCGAGCCUCGACGCGAAAGGCCGCGAGGAGUCUUUCACGGACAGCGCUGGCCUCUUCAACGCAGAGCUCAAGGCAGCGCUGACGACAGCCAUCGCGAAGUCAGUCCUGGAUCGGCUCACGAGCAGGAUGCAGGCAGAGGGGGAAUUCGAAGAUGUCGAUGACCUGAAAUCGAAGAUGGAGAAGAAAGAGUUCGAGGAGUUGUGUAAGCAGCUCGCGUGGAGACCGACGUAUUCGAUGACCAUCACCAUGGAGCAGGUGCUCCAGGAGGAGCGCAAGAGGCAGCUCGAGCAGUACGAGGAGCGGAAGACGAAGCGCCAGAAUAAGGAGAAGACAUCACACCCCGCCGAGAAGGAGGACAAGGGCCCCGGAGAGCCCACCGCUUACACCACCUUGGCGAAGGGGCGUAAGGAACGGCUGGAUCUCGUCCUUCCCAAGGUGACACAGGCGCAGCUUGACAUCACUGCAGUGAUGACAGAGGCGGCCCGCCCAGAGAACGCAGAGGCCGUCUCCAAGAAGAUGCUGGCCUUCGGUGGCAAGACGGCGAAGGUCGGCGCUGAGCUCCUAGACGCGCUCGCGAAGAUCCAGACCGACGGCGUGGCGACGAGCAAAGGUGUGUUGCUUCAGCACCUGGAGCACGCGAAGGAGUUCUUGGAAACGGCGAAGGACGCGGGUGGCAGAGCGAAGGCUACUGUCGAUGAGAGUUGGGGAGAUGACGAGGUGGAAGG